AUGCCAAGCGUGAAGCUGACUUUUACUCGCGCUUUCUUAAAGUCCCACUGCAUUGUUAUUCUAGUUGUGUAUUUCCUACAAGCGUUCUUCACACACCAUCAUUUGUUCGAUGUUCAUUCUAUCGACGACUGCUCUCGGCAUAACGCUUCUUCUCUCUCGCAUUCUACCAGUGGUCGAAUACUUGUGAACCCUCCCGCAUUUGUAAUACGGAACCUCACACUAUUCAGCUGCAAGAACCUCUUUUUUGCCCUUCUUCCCCACAAGCGCAUAUACCUUCUCUUUCUGCUUCUGCAGUUCUCCAUUCCUUCUCUAUUCUGUCCCCAUUUCGACGGUUUGCGCUCUUCCAUCCCUCCAUCUCUGCAUUGUGUGGAUGCAUGGGCUACCUACCGGCCACAAUCGCAGCAACUUUGGUGGCUGCCUCGCGAAGUCACACAACCAGCCUCACACCUCGCGGUCUCGAUAGCGGCCCGAUGUUUUAGCCUAGCCUCCCUUCCAUCCGAGCCAUGCACGUCUUUUCAACUCUCUCAUCCACCCUCAACUGGCUUGCCUCUGCAUGCUCACUGUGCCAGAGAGAUGCUUGCCAUCCCUGUUGGCGCCCUCAGCCCAACAAACCCUCGCUCUGCGCUGGCACCAAGUCUCGCAUUAACCUCUUCCGACCAUCGUGUAGACCCGUUGCGCCGCCCGAUGCGUGCAAACCUCGAAAGGCCUCAACUGUCAUGCCUGCCGGCAGGAGAGAGCUUCCAUGUUCACUCGCAUUUUCCUCAUUUCUCUGCUCUGUCGUCGGGUGCUCCGACUCCGAUAUCACUUGGCGCCUCCAUCCCUUCCGAGCUUGCUCGAGCUGCCAGAUCUGCUUACUUUUUCCCAAAGGCAUGGCCUGAUUCUCUCAGCCUGCCCAUUUUGCACAAUUUCCCAGCCUUAGUUAGGCAGUAUCUCGCCAUCUUGCAGACGGCCGCUAGCCGCUGGCGCUCUAGUCCGCCCCAAAAGUAUUUUUUCAAGGAUUUUAUUGCAGUUUCUAUGCCUCAUAACCACUUCCUCUUUAGCAUUGUCUCACCUGUGCAAAAUCUAGAUCAAAAUAUGCAAUUAUAG